ACAAUGGGCCUGGUUCUCUAUCUAUAGACUCAGAGAGGCCGAGAGAAACGAGCACAGCUCGUCGAAGCCGUCGAGGGGCAAAAGUGGAGUCAAAGUAUUUGAUACUUCGCAGAAGACUUGUAUUCUUGGAUGGCAGGAGUUGAGAGAAGCACACGUGUAGAUGUGUGACGGACAGAAAAAUGGAAUUUCAUCACAAGGAAAGGAAAAGACUGAGGAUUGUUAGAUUGCAUUGAGCUGCGUAUUUGCUUUUUGGGUACUAAAAAAAAAAGGGAAAAAAAAACUACACAAGGAUCAGAAGUUCCUGUGGAUGGAGGGGUCAGGCAGUCCUCGUGUCAGAAGGCUCCAUUUCCCAGUCGGUCUUUGGAUCAAUUCCCCCAGGAAACACUUUGCAAAGCUGGGGCGUCGCUGGCCCAGCGCCGUCUCCGUCAAAUCGACCACCAGCUCUGACGCAGCCUCCCUUCACGAGGCCCCCUCCAUUCCUUCCUCUUCCCUUUCUAACUCGACUCCCUCGCUGGCUUCCCCAAACCCGUCGCCGUCUCCUUCCCCGGCCUUCCUCCGGCCUCGGGCCGCGGCGCCCCAGUCGCGCGCCAAGCGCCUUUCCCACCUCUUCCUGCGGGGGCGCUCCAACAGCGACCGGGACCGGGCGGUGGGGGAGAGGGAGAGAGAGCUGUGGGCCCACUCGGCGGCAUCCUCCAGUCACCACUACGUACCCUCGACUACUUCUUCGGCCCCGGGCCUGAUCAAGAUCUACGGGGAUGCGCUAUCCAGCGGCGCUAAUUAUCGCUCCCUGCUGGCCAACAUUCACUCCACGGCCCGUCAGCUCAUCGCUCAGGUCAUCACUCGCUACACGGAGAGAGAGCGGGAGGAAACGGAUGACGCAGUUCUCCAGAAACACAUCCCCGAGGACUUCCUUCUGUGUGAUGUCAUCGGAAAGCCCAUCCAGCAGCCAGAUGGAGUUAUCAAGUGGGAGACGGAGUGUCGCAGAAAUGUGGCCCCCUGGGAGUGCCCCUUGUUGUUGGCCGACAUGUGGCGGCCCAAGGACGGAUUCGAGCGGCGCUUUGAAAUUCAGAGGAAGGAAGACUACGAAAGAGAGGAGAGGGAGCAGGAGAAAGAGCGGCAGAGGGAGGGCGAGAGCUACCAAGGUGUGCGCUGGAGGCGAAGCAGGAUGUCGUCAGGGGGCGCGGCGGAGGAGGCCGAGCGUGGCCACCGCGGAAGGAACUCGGAGCUCAGGAGGAGCAUCAGCGACAUGAACCUCAGCCUGAGGCGCCGCCAAGGCAACCACGUGACCAAUGACCCGCGCGGAGGCGGCGGCCGCCCGGGGUGCAUCGACAACGGAGCCGCGCAGGACAGGAAGAACAUUGUGAGCAUGAUCGACCCGCAGCAAGGAGAGAUUAGAGCAUCCAAGGCGGAGGCAAAGGUCGGAUGGACGCACCAGCCGCCCGAGGAGAAGGACUACUCCAACUGUGACCUGGAGAUGAUGUCCCAAAGUUUGAUCCUUCCGCCGACGGACCGGCCCUACUUCCUCUUGCUGCAGGGUUACGACCAGAGCAAGGAUUUUGUUUUGUACAUUAUGGCGGGACAGACACACGUGUUUGGGAGAAAGGCCACAAUGAGGGAGCGGGAGAAGGACAAAGAGAGAGAGAGGAAGGGGAAGAAGCCUCUCAAGGUGGACACCUUCCUGUCCGCGCCCGACCUCCUGGCCCGACACUUACUCGUCAGGAGGGAUUCCGCUGUUCCCGAGACACCCGCCGGGCGAGCCUUGAUGCGGCCUUUCCGAGGGGGUGCCGUCACACACAACGGCUUGGCUCUCUACAGGGAGACUCUCCUGAAACCUGGCGACGUCAUCGGACUUGGGGACCACUUCCUUUUUUUGUACCGCGACCCCCGUGUCACCCCAGCUCCCCCGUUGGCACUGACGCUGCCUUGGCACUCGGACGGCUCGCACCCCUGCUGCUCCUCGGGGUCGGCGGACAAGCAGGAGGCGCUGAGGCACUACCUGGGAUCCACCGAGUCGGCGCUCAAGUUCCAUCCUCGGCACGCCGAUGCCUUGCUGCAGGAGAUACUAUCGAAAAACUCCUCUCCCGACUCUGGAGGAGGGCCUUUGGCACCGGCGUAUCUGCUGUCAAUCAUGAUCGACCACGCAUCCAAGCGCCUCGACCCUGCGCUCACGCCGCAGAUAUUACUCAAGGCGGCCAACCAGAUCAAAGACAUCGUCUGGGAUAACAUUAAGGAAUUUGGGGAUAAGCAUCCCACGCAAAAUUCCUGUGAGCCAGAAAGCGAGAUUAGCGCAGCCAAUGUCCAGAAGUUGUCGUCGGACCUCAGGCCACUGAUGUUCUGGAUGUCCAAUGCCACUGAGCUCCUCAACUUCUUUCAGGUUAAAGUGGAGCACAUGGAGAAAGAGUGGGAAUUUGAAGCCCCGGGGGAUCCGCUGUUGACGGCCGACAUGGACACAUGCUCAGAAGCUCUUGCGCAACUCGAUGAGGUCAUCAUGCACACCUUCCAGCAGUGCGUCUAUCAUCUCACCAAGACCCUCUACUCGCUCCUCCCUGCCCUGCUGGACACCAACCCUUUCUCCACAGAGGAGAAGGAGAAGGAAAAGGCCGCAGCGGCGGGUGCGGAGGGAGAGGGCAAAGGAGACCAGGAGGUGGACGACGUGUCCGCCCUGCCGCCCAAAGUGGCCGGGCUGGUGGAAGUGUAUCGCUCUUCCCUGGUGCUCUCCCGGGAAGCUCGCCUUUCCCCGCCGCUCACCUCCCAAACCUUCGGCUACCUCUUCUUCUUCACCAACACCUCUUUGCUCAACACCUUGUUGGAAAGAGACGCAUUGUUUUCUUGGUCCCGAGCCGUGCAAAUCCGUACAAACUUGGACCUGGUCCUGGACUGGCUCCAGGGGGCGGGUCUUGGGGACAUCGCCUCCGAGUUCAUGAAGAAGCUGUCAGUCAUCGUCAACUUUUUAUGUAUUCCUAAAACGCGUCUGAUCCAGUCCUCCUGGAAGAGUUUACAAGAGGAUCACGCCUUGCUAAGCCCCGCCCAACUGCACCACCUCCUCACUCAUUACAAGCUCGGACCGAGCAGAGCCCCCCCGGCCUCCUGGGCUCCGCCACCUGGCACGGUGCUGAGUGGAGACAUAUUUGAGAGCUUCCUGGACCACCCUCCUCUCAUCCUGCCAAACGAGACCCCUCGGCUUGACCUCUCCCAGCCGGUGCCCAGCUCGGACCUCCAAAAGGAAGUGACGCGCCUUCGCACCUUUUUGUGGGGGCUGGACCAGGACGAGCUUCCCGCCAAUCAGAGGACUCGGCUGUGAGCCGCCCCGGAUCGAGAUUUACGGAUGUCGCAUCAAAUACAAACCACCAAACUUCACGACGUUCUCAUAUCGCUUCAUGUAAUCCUUUUCGAUUUUUCCAAGUACUGUAAGAGGACCGUGUUGUUUUGAUUCCCCAAAUGUACCGAAAAGCCUUUGGAGCAAAGCUUUCAAUGUUUGUCUUACGUAAGUGUAUCAAGGAAAAAGUACUUGUUUGUAAUAAAAGUCCUCAGUCUCCA